ACUUGGCCGGACCAUUUUUCUUCGUCGACGUUACAUUCGACAGUUGGUCGCGCUCACCGUCGGACGCCGUCCAACGUUGUCGGCCCUGCGUGUCUGUUGAGCUGUUCUCUGGCAAGUAUCGGAGAGGUUUCAAACCCUAGGCUUUGUCUACUCUCAAAAUCCGGAGUUGCUUGAAUUAAUUGGCUUACUAAGGCAUCUUCGUCAAAGCAUUUGGAACAAAAGUUAGAAGGGCCACAUUUCUAACCAUAUUUUUUACAUUCAUGACUCGAGCACGCAAUGUCAUGGUUGCUACUGGUUUAGUUGCUUUCGCUGCAGCUGGCUUGGCAUUUCCCUUCUACAUGGCGUCGUCAAGGCAGCCUGUUAUUGAUCCAUCAAAGCCGUUACCACCACAAGCAACAUUUCGAGGCCCUUACAUAAACACUGGUUCGCGUGACGUUGGGCCUGAUCAUCAAACUUAUACAAAGAAAUAAAGCAGUUUGUGAAUGUUGCAUUCUGAGUUAGUAAGUACACUAAACUUGUUUGUGCCUAGCGCUUCUGCAGUUUGAUGAAGCCUGGACAUGGCUCAUUGCUCCACCCAGAACGCGUCUUGAAUAUGCCCGGGAAAAUCACUUUCAUGGUUACAUAUGGUUCUGGAGCGUGUUAGAAUCAACCUUAUUCUGAAGAAAAAUGUUAGAAUCAACUAGAAAUGUGAAAGUUCCCCUUUGUAAGAGCUGAUGAGAGAAAAUUUCGACUGCAGCCAAAUAAUGGGAGUAAAAUAUAAAUUACUGCACAAUUCAUUGCAAUCAGUUUCGUGACUACAUAUGAUGUUGGAGUGCGUUAGAAUUCAUAAUCUUCCCAGGAAGAAUGUUGGGAUCAA